AUGGGGGUCCCCUCAGUCCUGCCCCCCCCUGCAGCCAGUGACCAGGCUGGCUGUCCAUCCCACCGUCCUUGGGGCCACAUGCUACUGUGGACAGCUCUGCUCUUCCUGGUUCCUGCAGCCGGGACCCCUGGUCUCCCAAAGGCCGUGGUGAGCCUCCAGCCCCCCUGGGUCAAUGUGCUCGAGGAGGACAACGUGACUCUGAGCUGCCAGGGGGCCCACAGCCCUGGGGACCACUCCACCCUGUGGUUCCGUGAUGGGACCCCCCUCCUGACCCAGGUCCAGCCCAGCUACAGCUUCAAGGCCAGCAGCAAAGACAGCGGGGACUACACGUGCCAGACCGGCCAGGCCAGCCUCAGCGACCCUGUGCAUCUGGAUGUGACUUCCGCCUGGCUGCUGCUCCAGACCCCUCACCUGGUGUUCCAGGAGGGAGACACCAUUGUGCUGAGGUGCCACAGCUGGAAGAACUGGCGUCUGUACAAGAUUACAUUCUUCCAGGAUGAAAAACCCAAGUGGUUUUCCCAUGCAAAUUCCAGUUUCUUCAUCCCACAAGCAAACGUCAGUCACAGCGGCGAGUACCACUGCUCGGGAUUCAUAGGGCAGAUGUCACACUCAUCACGGCCUGUGAGCAUCACUGUCCAAGUGCCCAGCUCGAGCAAAGCCUUCCUGAUUGUGACCACGGUUGUGGCUGUGGUUGCUGGCGUUGUUGCUGUGGCUGGUGUGGCUGCCGUGGUGGCUUGGGUCUGCUUCAGGCGACACCAAAGUCCAGGAACCCCUAAGAACAGGGAAAUGGGAGACACCCUACCUGAGGAACCAGCCAACAUCACCAAUGCCGAAGAGGCUGCCAAAGUGGAGGCUGAGAAUACAAUCACCUACUCCCUCCUUCUGCACCCUGAAGCUCCAGAGGAAGACACAGGGCCCUCGGAUUACCAGAACUUGUAG